UUCUUGUUAGGUAUUGGAUUUUUCCGGUAUGACAGAAAGUUUGUGGGAUGAUGUUAAGAGCUUGAAGCACAGCAAGACGUUGAGUACCUCUAUUGAAGAUGACAAAUACCGGCGUCAGGUGGAUGCUGCUAAGAAACGUGCUGCAGCUCAAAAUGUCGAUUAUCCUACGUUCGCAGCCAUGGUCUCUGCUGCUCACUUACAACCAGUUGAUCGAAAGAGGCUGGCGGAACCCAGAGCGGAUACUAAAAGAACUGCUCCAGCUUGGUCGUUCAGUUCUUCUGGAAGUUUGCUGAAGGCCGACGACGUUAGAUCUCAAGCAGGCACGGAAGCUCCCAUCUUGUCGAAGCGCGAUGUCCUCGAGUCUCUGGAAAAGCUGAAAAGUUUUGUGCGAGGCACGGGUAAUGCAGAUGUACCACCCACUGCCGCCAGAACCGUGGGGCCUAUGACGCAAGAUGCCUUUCGAAAAAGCUGGAGAAGUCUAUCCACGGAACCUCCAGACAAGAGGCUAGAGUUCCUGGCAAACGUUGGACCCUUUCCAAGGAUUUUCAGAGUGGAGGUUCCUCCAGAUAUCCUUACCGGGGUUUUGGGAACUUUGCUAGAUGCAUUGGGUGAGACACAGGGGCCGGGUGGUGUGUCCGCUGUGGUUAAGAUUCUGGAGUCGAUUUCCAAGUGCUCGAGGUUCGCCAUCACAAUGAAGUUGAUGGGACAGAGGAACAGGGCAGUAGUUGAUCGGCUCUUCGACAUUCUAUCAUACGACAGUGAACUCGACGAGCUCCGAUCAAAGUUUACAGUGUGAAUCUUUCUCUCGUCGGGGAGCAUCAGGGAACCGAACGGAACAGGACGCGUUCUCGUCGUUAUGAAGGAAAGCUCCACGUAAGUGAUCAUCGAUGGCGUCACUGUGGUGGUGAGGUUCUUCUGCAGCACGGGCCCGUGGUCGUGCAAGUGGCGCAGGUACUGGCUACGCAUACAACGUGGAAAAGUUCUCGGGCUCUUCAACAAGCAUAGGUCCUUUCUGCUACUACAACCAAGGAACUCUGGACUUUGACCGGGGCAGGAUACUUGGACU